UCAAAUUAAAUGAAUGCCAAACAAUUCGUAGGUACUGUAUUUGCAAUGUAAAUACGAAACGUUUUUUUUAAAUCCAACCAGAUUAUUAUUGAAAAAGUAAUCUUGUCCAUUAUCACUUUUGUAGUGUUUAGGUAACAAACAAUUUUAGAUGACACUUGGGCGCAAAUACCAGCAAUCUUCCGGGAAUGCUGGGGAUGCUCGAAAGGUGUAUUCUAACCAGUCGAAGGCUGGUAGCUUGUCUGGGUGCUCGUCAUCCAUAUCACUGUGCGAGAUGAUCGAACCACCCGACUAUGAGGAGGUGUGCGACCGGCUCAUGGGCGAGCGCGACCCGCUGGCGUACCCGCCCGCCGACAUCGAGCUGUGCACUGUGCCCCGCCGCAUACGGACGCUCACGCAUGUACUGCCUGAUGAGGACCUGUCCAAAGCCCCGAUGUUCGUCCGCGACUGCAUCGUGUGUUACACAUCGGACUACACCGUCGUGGAGUACAAACAUCGCACCUACUCGGGCUCAUCGUGCGGUCGGGAUCGGCUAAGCGAGCGGCUCGAGCGGUUGCAAGCCGGGCCAAGACAUUAUUUUGAGAUCGACGCCGACCCACUGGUAGAAUCCACUGAAGAGUUGACCUCCCAACAGUUGGAGUCUCAGCCUUCUAGCGGUCGUCAGUCCGUGGCGUCCAUAUCUUCAUCUUCGUCGUGCAACGAGACGCUGACUCCGCGAGGAUCGUGGGCCAGUCUGGACCUGCGCAGCUCCUCCUCGGACCCGCUGCUACCGGACUUGUUCGAUAAGAAACCGCCGGAUCAGCUCGACGCCGCAAAUGAGGCUAAAAGAAUGGAGAACCGUCAGUCGGACCUCCUCGGUCUGUAUAUGCCGUACUUGGACGAAGACGAGGCGGUGGAGCGCCGCUUGGCAGCAGACAUGCCCUGCGAACAAAUGGGCCACCGGAUACUGGUCGUAUGCCACCAGCUCAAAUUGGAACUGGAUGUGGAGCCGUUGUUCGCCUCGAUGGCGUUAUAUGAUGCCAAAGAGAAGAAGAAGUUAUCAGAAAAUUUCUACUUCAACCUGAACUCAGAAUGCACUAAACAAAUGCUAUCAGCUCACAUUCCCUACGCUGAUCUCUCUACGCUAAGUAGAAGCGCCGUGUUCGAUAUACAGAAUCCUUCUUCAGACGUGUUUUUGGUCGUGAGAGUUGAGAAAGUUCUCCAGGGAGAUGUGAACGAAUGCGUUGAACCGUAUAUCAAGGACGAUAAGAACCGUGAAAAGGUCCGUGCCAGUGCCCAAGCGGCUUGCACUAGGCUAGGGAAAUACCGAAUGCCUUUGGCAUGGAGCGCUGUAUCGCUGCUCAACAUACUGAGCGGCUCAGGAAGCCUUGAGCGGGACAACGAGGGGAAUACCCAUCCCCACCCCGUUCCACAUCCCCACUCCAACUCCAACACUAACAGCCUGGAUCGCAAGGCGUCGUCGUCCAGUUUGGAACAACUCCGUCGUCGGGCGGGGGAGGUGGGGGGGUCGCUGUCCCGCAAGGGCAGCGUGGAGAGGAGACACCCUCCCCCCGCCAGAGAUCUCGCGCACCAACUCGACUGUCUCAAGCCCAUCGCCAUCACUGUCACCAGCUUCUUCAAGCAGGAAACCGACAAACUUCGCGACGAGGACCUCUACAAAUUCUUAGCAGAGAUCAAGCGGCCCAGCUCUGCUCCAAAGAAGCUCAAAUGCAUCCCGGGCACUUUGAAGAUAGAAGUGUCUCCCUGCCCCGACGAGAUCAAGAACGGACUAACGCCUGAACUUGCCAAACUGAGCCCAUAUGGAGACGAGAACGUGCGGCCGUGCAAGGAGAUCCUGCCCUUCCCCACGAGCCCGUCGUGCGCGCCGCACGUGCAGUACCGCGCGCUGCUGUUCCUGCACGUGCGCGACAUCAACCUGGCCGCGGCGACGUCGCGCGUCGGCUCCGCGCGCAACGUCGCCGUUCGCAUACAGCUGAUGGCGGGUGAGGAACAGAGCUGCGCCCUAGCGGCCAUCUUCGGUCGCAGCUCGUGCCCGGAGUUCACCACUGAGGCUUACACCACCGUGCUAUAUCAUAACAAAACGCCGUCUCUAUACGAUGAGAUCAAGCUAAAAUUGCCCGCGGACUUGGGCGACCAGCACCAUCUUCUAUUCACAUUCUUACACGUGUCCUGCCAAAGGAAGCCCGUCGCUCCGGACCAGGAGAAAAACGUGGAAACGCCUGUUGGUUACUCGUGGCUGCCUUUAUGCCGUAACGGUAAACUUACCUGCGGGGAAUUCAACUUGCCCGUGAUGCAAGAGGAACCGCCGCCAAACUACUCGUACAUAUUCCCAGACGUGUUACUGCCCGGCACCAGGUGGAUCGACAACCAUAAGCCUAUAUUCAACAUCGUAUUGGACGCUCACACUACUGUGCACCCGCUGGACGGGUACAUAGAACGGUUCGCGAUGGCAUGCGAAGCUGUACAGGAGGGGAACAUUCCGGCCAGAAUCGGCCUCGCCAAUAUGGAGACCGAACUCAGAACCAGCAUAGCGGAGCUCCCGACGGGCAGCGUGGAAGCUCUGUCCGCAUACCUGCCCGUACUCCUGGACAAGUUGCUGCGGCUACUGGUCGCGCCGCCCUCCCUUCACUCGCAGCCCCUCAACAUCGCACAACAAGUUUUCACCUGCCUCGCCCAGCUGUUCACCGAGAUAACGAACAUGAAUGAGGGCGCCACUUGCGACGCACACGGGCGCUCCAGUUUAAUCUCCGCCUACAUUCAGUACCAGGCGUCCAUACCGCGGCCCGCCCUCACCGACACAGAUAUCGGGCUGCCUCUGCCCCCCGCCGUGCUGACUGACAGCACAUGCAAGAUAUUGCACGAGGAGUUGGCACUGCAGUGGGUUGUGGCAAGUGGGGCCACUCGGGACCUCGCUAUGCAGAACUCAUGGGCUCUAUUCGAGCUGAUGGUGAAGUCCAUGGUGGAAUACUUGUACUGGAGCGGAGCCCACGAAGCCCCGCGCAAGGCUCGCUUCCCCGACCAAUUCACAGAUGACCUUACCACCCUCGUCAACAACGUCACCUCCGAGAUCAUCUCCGGAUACGGCAAGAACUGCCGGCUGACCCAGAGCCUGAACAAUAGCCUGGCCUUCUUCCUGUUCGACCUGCUCAGCAUCAUGGACCGUGGCUACGUGUUCCUGCUGAUCCGCAGCUACCACAAGCAGAUGAGCGCCAAGAUCGCCUCGUUGCCAGACGCUGUGCCUCUAGUGCAUUAUAAGUUGGCGUUUCUUCGCAUCGUGUGUUCUCACGAGCACUACGUGAGCCUGAGCCUUCCACAAGGGGUCACUUCCGGUGCCGCAUCGCCAGCGCCUUCUGCCCACUCCCACGCGUCUGCCACUAGCCUACCCUCUCCGCUCUGCCACCUGUCGCACGAGUACCGCGCCCGCCAUUACCUGCCCGGCCUGCUGUUGGCUGAGCUCACCGCCGCGCUCGAAAUGCAAAGCAGCGCGGUGCAGGGCGCGGCAGUGUCUGCCGUGGCGGCGCUGCUGACGGCGCACGACGCGGACCCGAGGCUUUGCGCGGCCGACGGGGACGUGAAGGCACGCGUGGCCGCACUCUACCUGCCUCUCAUCAAUAUCGCGCUCGACGCCCUGCCGCAGCUGCACCGCGGCUUCGCCGACAACAAGGAAAUUCUGCCAUUAGACAGUGAAGUCAGUCAUUUCAGUAACUUUUACACUAUUGCUACGCCCGACGGAGAUUAUAAGCAGUCGUCGCGGCCUCCGUUCAGCAGCGAGACCUCCCGCAACCUGGUGAUGUGCGUAGUGUGGACGUUGAAGUGGGCCUCCACUGCGGCCCUGGGCAGUGUCGUUGCCGAGCUGCCUGCGCGUGGACUGCACGCCUUACUGGCCCUUAUUGACCUGGCCUUCCGCUGUCAGGAGUACAAGGGACGAAAAGAAAUCAUGAAAUGCGCUCAGCAAAACGUUCGUAAAACCACAGAUAUAAAAGCUAAAUUGGAGGAUGUCAUACUGGGACAGGGGUCUGCCAGGUCCGACUUCAUAAUGCGACGUAAAGGUGCGAAGCGCGAACGCUGGCGAAAGGAGUGGGUUAGGGGCGGGGCGCGUGACGUCACCGCCUACCCCGCGCCCCCGCGCCCCGCGCACCACGCCGCGCUCGCCGCCGAGGUGUCGCUCACGCUGCUGCACGCGCUCGAGACCAUCGUGCAGUGCUCGAGCAGCCUAGAACACGGGCAGGGCGUAUGCAGUGCCGCGCUGCAGGUGGUGCUGCGCGCGCUGCAGCGCAACCAGAGCACUGCCGUGCUGCAGCACAUGUUCGCCACUGUACGUGCCUUCAUCGCCAGGUUGGGUUGGUCGUGCUGCGGCGAAGAGUGGGGCAUCUGCCGCGUGCUGCUGCGGCACUGUGCCGCCAGCACCCCCUCCACGCGGGCCCACGCCUCCGCCACGCUCUACGCGCUCAUGCGGCAGCACUACCAGCUAGGGAACAACUUCAGCCGUGUCAAAAUGCAAGUAACCAUGUCGCUGUCGUCGCUAGUGGGGACUUCUGCCACGCUCAGCGAGGAAGCGCUGCGUCGAGCGCUUAAAGCGGUGCUUCUUUACGCAGAGAGAGACGCUGAACUAGCAGCCACCUCUUUCCCUGAGCAGGUGAAGGACUUGGUGUUCAACCUGCACAUGAUCCUGUCGGACACGGUGAAGAUGAAGGAGCACCAGGAGGACCCGGAGAUGUUGCUGGACCUCAUGCACCGCAUCGCUCGCGGCUACCAGCACAGCCCCGACCUGCGGCUGACCUGGCUCAACAACAUGGCGCAAGGGCACAUGGAGCGUUCAAACCACGCGGAAGCAGGAAUGUGCUUAGUCCACGGGGCGGCGCUAGUGGCCGAACAGAUCAACGCUGGAGGACGCGGCGCUGCCUUACUGCAGCACGUGACUCAUAACGCGCUAGACGAGAGCUGCCCAGAUGCCCUGCAUCAUCAUCUCACGCAGCAUGAACUGCAGGCAUUACUGGAGCACGCAGCCAGCGAACUCAUGACCGCCGGAAUGUACGAAACAGUGAACGAACUGUACAAGGCGCUGUUACCUAUCGCUGAGCAGGCGCGCGACUACAAGAAACUUGCCAAUAUACACAGUAAACUGCAUGAGGCGUUCACUCGCAUCGAACAGCUGCACGGCAAACGAGUGUUCGGUUCAUACUUCCGCGUAUCCUUCUACGGGGCUCGCUUCGGUGAUCUCCAUGCCGAAGAAUAUGUCUACAAGGAGCACGCCCUCACCAAGCUGCCGGAGAUCUUCAGCCGGCUCGAGAACUUCUACGGCGCCCGCUUCGGCCCUGAGAACGUGGUGAUAAUCAAGGACUCGAAUACCGUGGACCCCGCGACCCUGGACCCCGACAAGGCCUACAUCCAGAUCACGUACGUGGAGCCCUAUCUGGAGCCCCACGAACUGCGGCGGAGGCCCACGCACUACGAGCGGAACUAUAACAUCAAGCGAUUCAUGUACGCCACUCCGUUCACGGCGAGCGGCCGAGCGCACGGCGACAUCGCCGAGCAGUGCAAGCGGAAGACUAUCCUUACUACGGCACACCACUUCCCAUACGUCAAGACCCGGAUACAGGUUGUGCAGCGGACGCAAAUCAUUCUGUCGCCGAUAGAAGUCGCCAUUGAAGAUAUACAAAAGAAGAUCAACGAGCUGGCAGCGGCGACGAGCCAGGAGCCUGCGGACCCUAAAAUGCUGCAGAUGGUGGUGCAGGGCUGCAUCGGCACCACCGUCAACCAGGGCCCGCUCGAACUGGCGCAGGUAUUCCUAGCUCCAGUAGCAGAAGGCACGCAGCCACCCACCCGCCUCACCAACAAGCUGCGGCUCGCCUUCAAGGACUUCUCCAAGAAAUGCCACGACGCAUUGAAGAAGAACAAGAACCUUAUAGGCAGCGACCAGCGCGAGUACCAGCGAGAGCUGGAGCGUAACUUUACGCGUUUCACCGAGAGGCUGCAGCCGCUUAUACAGCCCUCCCCGGGACACGUCGCCAUGCUCAGCAACGGAGUCAGCAAACCAGACUACAAGUUCCAGGCAUAAACUGCAAAGCAAUGUUUCUUUCGUGACAAUUUGCAUUUAAUUCUUCAGUAUACCUAUGUACCUUUAUUACACGAGUCAUGACAUGUUUUUAUUGUGAUCUUUAUUUAGUUAUAAUUUAUGAAGUAAUCAGUAUUCAGUGUACGAAUGUAUGACUAUUGUAAGUUAAAAGUUUAAUUUUUAUGAACAUUAUGCUUGUCUGGUGUAAUUUUAAAUUAAAAAUUUUGGAUUUAAAUAAUUAAAUUCCCAAUAAAUGUAGUUAAUAUUAUGUUUGAAUCAAUAUACUUUUUUCUUCUGGUAAUUAAAAACAUAUAUUAAUUAAAAAAUUCAAAUAAGUCACAAACUGGAUUAUACAGGGUGUAAAAAAACCUUUAACGAAGUCGAAGGCCACGUAUUUUCCACAUCAUGACGAUCUUUUCUUCUGGACGAUACCUGGAAAAUUUAUGGUUAUGGAGAUAUUGAAGAUCAGUCACAAUUUUCUUUUUCUAGAUUUUUACAAAAACAUUAUUUAGAAACUUUUAUCGACGUACUUACAUUGUUUGCGUAGCGCCACAGUAGUGCGCCGCGCUAUACAUUGCGUACUAGAAGAAAAUUGUAAUUUUUUAACUUAAAAAUACAAAUGUUUCUCACAUACUUUCUAAUAUUGCUUGUUUGGGUGUACAGAAUGCGUAGUCUUAGUCUUUGUCAUAGUUUUUUUUACACCCUGUAUAUUGUGGACUAUAUAAAACUCACUUUAUAUAUAGUAUUACUAUAUUUGUCUGCAUUGUAAAUGGACACCUCGUUUUGUAUUAUUUUACUAUGUGAUACUCAAUACGAAUGUAAAAAAUGUACUAUUUAUUUCGAAUAAAAAUACAUUUACGAAUAA